ACUGAGAACCUUGGAAUGGAUACAAAAACACCGUCACCGUCCUUGAAUAUCUAUUUCUUCGCAGUCUCAUAUCACCGAUUCGCUCACAGCUUCAGCCAUUCUGCAGAAGCAACGAGACUUGCUGCAUUAUCUGACUUCAUUUCGAACACGCAUCAUUAGCCUCUAUCAUGGAUGUAAAUACAUGGUACUCGGUGCAGAAUCAAGCCAACGAUUACUUUUUAGACACCACUGGCAACACCAGCACGGCUCCCAUCAUACUGUCCAACAAGGGUGCAUUAUGGCAGUUCCUCCCGAGCAAUAGUUCAAAAUCGGGUUACUCCAUUCGCGCCAAGGGUCCAGAUCUCUGUCUGGAUAUCGGAACCGCUGGUCCAUGGACGUUGAAUGAAUGCGCAAAAUCUACAACAUGGCUUAUCAAUCCCUACGCAAACAACGUCGGCGACUCGGGCUUCCUCAUGUUGACCACAUCCCAAAGUCGAUAUCUCGGCGCCGUGGGCGUGAGUGAGAGAGAACUUGACGCACCUACAGCGAUCCCUGCCGUCGGCAAGGAGAGCAAUGUCUUGUGGUCGUUCAUUCCAGCAGGCAGGGUUGACAAUUCCACCCUGACAACAGUUCCAACUCAAGCACCGACAAGCCUCUCGACCAGCCCAUCAUCCUCGCCAUUCGUGACGUCUACCUCGCCACCUACGACUCCUGCCUCGCCAUCCACGACUUCUACCUCACCAACUACGACUUCUACCGUGCCAGCCGCGACCGCGACCGCGAGUCCCAUGUCCCCUUCUAAUGGAGGCACAGUGACACCUGCACCUGGGGUUGCUUCUUCAAUAUUCUCCCGUGAUAUGUGGAUAAUUUGGUCUGCUGCUUGCUCUCUGUCUGCCGUGCUUCUAUUGCUCUGAUGGAAAUCGGGUCGAGAGAUGUGCUCUCUUGCCAUCGCAUCUCCGAAAAUUUGUCACGAAAUCUUCUUGAUUCGACAGCAGUCUUUGUAAUGUUUAACGAGAUUAUGUUCUUUUCUUGCCAUUCGGGUCAUAUCCUGAAAACAUGCUAUUGGACUGGAAAAAUAAGGUCAAUGA